CCGACUUCGAGCCGGAUGAAGACCCUCCACCUCCACUUGACCUCGAACGCUCAUCCUCCCUGACUACGAACCACACUUUAGCGCAACUCUUUCUCUUACAUACAUCAUUCGGCGCGCAUCAUAUAUCUGUCGAUCGAGUUGAUACACCGGAACCGCCAUGUCUACUGAAGUCAUGUCCGGGUCUGCUACUUCCCCUCACCAGCCCCCCAUGUCGCGCUCGAAUUCCAAGCCUAAGGGCAUCCUGAAGAACGCUCCUCCAGCGCACCCCAACCCCCAGCACCUUCAAUGGGAUGAGGAGAAUCUCGCGCUCACGGAAGCACAGAAGGAUAGUCAGAUGAAGAUCACCGAGCCAAAGACUCCCUAUGUCAGGUACAACGCAGAGACAGAUACAGUCGAGGGUGAUAUCCCUACCCUUGAUCUCAACGCCAGAACCACAAGCCCCACCGUAUUGUCUCCCGAGCGCGCUGCGUCGCCAACGAGUAGCACCGGCGCAACAGGCGGCGGCUCGGCUCCCUCGUCCCGCAGGACGUCCUUCUCGAGCACAGGCCGAACCUCAACGCCAUCAGGCCGCCCUGGCAGCGGGCGAUCCAGCCGGAGCACGAGCUUCAACCUCCCUGAUGCUGCCCGUGAGACGAUUAGAAUGGACGACCGGCAGCCCGGGGAUGAGAUCGAGUUUGAGGAGAUGGACGAAGAGACGGCCGCAAAGCACGCUGCGUUCGUUCGGGCGCGGGGAAGACACUACUCAAAUGAGGCAGAAGCUAUGAAGUUGGCCGCGAAGCUCAUGGAACAGGAUGAUGAUGAGGACGAGGAGAUUGCCUCGGUCGCCCAUAGCAUCGAUGAGGACAGUCUGAUGUCCACCGAUGAGGAAGUGCCGGCGAAGAUGAACGGGGUUAUCCACGGCGGGAACUGAAUACCAAUACCACGACCUUGUAGCUAAUGAUGAAAGACAGAUUCUGUAGCUUGAUUGCGUUGUAAGAUUUCGAGUACUCAUCGGACGUUCUUGCUGGCUUUGUAUCUGCGUUGUUUUCUCAGCGCAUAAACUUUGCUACGUUCUAUUCCUAUAUACUUUCAGGGCACUAGACUUCGUAUCUCGUCUAUUUGAGUGGGGCUGUUCGUGAAGUUCUUCAGGCUUCGACUUCGACUUCGUGUGCCUGCCCCCGAAGCGAGACGCGUGUCAUG